GGAGACUCCCACACGAGCGUGCGUCUUUUUAAGGGGGUGGGGUGUCGGACGCGUGUUGAAAAAGGGCCGAGUGCUGCCAAAGUUUGUAUCAGAUCGAGCACUGGUAGGGGGCCAGUAGACACUUGGACAUUUCGACACUGAGACCUGGCCACACACGCGAAAGACACGCGAAAGUUUUUUUUCCCCCCCGUUUUCCUUUGUGAUCACUUCUUCUGCAUCGCCUUGGUGGAAUCAUUGUACAGGUCCGUCCUGGCGUAGCCCCAGAUCGAGAUGGAGACCACCAGCAGUAUGCCAACGACACAACUGGCGCAGGGUCAGUGCCACUUCGGACGUGAAGAGUGCGCAGUCUCCAACACGAGCCAGAGUGAGAGCAAGAGCAAGGUGCUGAAGAGACAGCGCUCCAACUCUCCAGAGCUGCUGCGCUGCAAGAGGAGGCUCAGCUUCACCGGCCUGGGCUACAGCAUCCCGCAGCAGCAGCCGGUCGCCGUGGCGCGGCGCAACGAGAGAGAAAGGAACCGGGUCAAGCAAGUCAAUAUGGGCUUUCAGACCCUGCGCCAGCACGUCCCGAACGGCGCGGCCAACAAAAAGAUGAGCAAAGUAGAAACACUGAGGUCGGCGGUGGAGUACAUACGCGCUCUGCAGCAGCUCCUGGACGAGCACGACGCCAUUUCAGCCGCGUUUCAGUGCGGCGUCCCGUCUCCAACCCUGUCCAACAGCUACUCCGCCGACCCAGAGUCGCCACAUUCGUCUUACUCCUCUGACGACGGGAGUUACGAGCCUUUGAGCUCCGAAGAGCAGGAGCUGCUGGACUUCACCACAUGGUUCAACAGAUACUGAUGAAGUGCUUUGCGCAUUUCCACCAACUCCAGCUGAGCGCACCUGGAUCCCAGUCUUCCGACUGAGCAUUGACCCAAUCCAGAAUCCAACAUCUUUCAAGGUUCAAAGGCAAGACAAGGAUUAAAGCAGUGAUGAAGUUCGAAUCACCACGCAACACCACCGGGGACCCCCUCACCCACCCACCUCUUUCUCUUUCCAUGCGUAAUGAUGAUUGGAGGAGAAAGGACUAAAAAAAAAAAUCCGACGUUUAAAAGUGCAAUUAUGGACUUUAAUGUUGUAUGUCAUUUUCUAUCCAUUUUUAAUCAACACCAGCCAAGUAGAGACAAAAAGUCAGUGUGGGACUGUUUUGGAUUCAAAAGCGCGCGUUCACGACCCUCGGCGCACAUGGGAGAAAAACAUACUGCGCAUGCGCAGUGUGAAUGUUGACAAACUUUGAAAACAGCUGUAGCGGCUAGACUUUAGUCCAGGAAUAUUAUACGCCGUUAUUAUCAUCUAGUGUGUCUCUGUUGAUUUAACUAGUCGCUGACCUGAACGUUUUUAAAAUGGAAACUUGUACUAUAAGUUGUAUUGUUUAAAAAAAUAAAAAUAAAAUGAAGAUUUAUUUUUGUAUGCUGAGCAAAACAACAAAAAACAGACACUGCCUCUCUGUGACAACGACCAUGUUGUAAACUAAUUAGCUGGAAGAUCCGUUAUUGCUUUUAACACUGAAUAGAAUGCGAUAGAUCAUAGUACUGAUUAGACAUGAUGCUCCAUGAUAAUGAGCAACCUGUAUGGAAAUGUUUUUACAAGAUAUGCACUUGUUCUC